AGUCAACGAAAGCAAAAUGUUUAUCCAGUAUGAUAUUUAUCCUGCAGCCUAUACCACGAAAUGAAACUUAAUCUAAAUUUUGUUUAGACUGUACUCUAGCUGUGGAAGGAUAUGGAGGAUCAUUGCGCGGUAAACGCAAGCAAUGUUUAUUUCUACACAAAAUGAUGAAAAUAGAGCUUGAUAGGAGUUGUUGAUGUCGGGAAUAUUGUUGCUGUCGUCUCGGGAACAGAAAUGGUACACAGUUUGUAACACAGAAGGGAAUUUUCACAUUCAUAAACAACUCAUAAACAACGAAAGGACUACAGUAUUGUGCACGUUCUAUAGCACCAGGUCAUCGAGUUUACAUCCUAUGAGUGGACCCUAUACCAAGUCUGAUCUCGUCGAUAGCUCAUCCUCCAAUCUACCAACUCGACUGUGAAAAAUGAAUACCACGCCAUGGUUAAACGCGAGCAAUUAUGAUGUGGAUGCCAAUUUGGCGACGUCGCCGAUGUCAGCCAACGACGCCGAUGGCGGUGGAGAAUCACGAUGUCAAAAGCCUUUGUUUAUCACUAAAAACAUCACGUUAGCCAUAGCGACGUCGUUGAUGGUCGCCACUUUGAUCUUGAUUCCGUGUCAUCGUCGACUUCGAAGGCAGCACCAUAUCUUCCCAUACAACCUCGUGCUCGCUGACUUCAGUGGUGCGGUGUCCAUCAUUAUGUUUUCUUUAGCGGGUGAUUUCGAAAUUCCGGGGCAGGCGGAAAAGUUCCUGGUCAUCUUGUUGGCAACAUCCACCAUGGUAUCACUUCUAAGCGUUGUCUUGGUAACCGGUUAUCAAUUCAUAACAAUCCGCGUCGACCCUUUCGGUUCUCGGAACAUCAUUACAACACGGAGGCUAAUCUUAACAUGCAUGGUAACAUGGGCCAUAGGAUUCAUCUGCUCCUCACCCAUAGCCGUCAUCAACGAUACGAACCUUUUCAUAGCCCUUCUCUCCAUCUCGUAUUCAACCACAAUCGCUACCGGCCUCGCCUACCUCUUCAUCUACCGGUCGGUAGCCCAGGUACCUUGCGGUGGGAGCAUCACCCAGGAACGCAAGGACCAGAACCAACGAGUCCUCAGAACCUUCGGAAUGGUCUUCGGGACCACUGUGCUGUGCUGGAUCUGUCCCUGGGUAACUUGGACCAGGCAGAUUCUUGGUCAUGAAGAACAUUGUCUUAUCACAAUCUCAGAUAUCAUGAUAAACGUCAAUUGGAUUGCGAAUGGUGUCAUCUACUGGUGGAGACUCAAAGAUUUUCGUCUCAUUUUCGGGUUCUGUCGGAAACAGAGAGGCAGCAUUGAUCCUGAACUAUCGUUGGUAACUGAACUUAAAUGAACAUCAUGAACAAAGGUCAAACUUAGAAACAGUAUACUUAACUUGUUACUAUAAUUAAGUUUGAAGUUGAAGAACUGAAGCCCCCAGAGACCGUGAAUUCGUGAGAUCUUUGGUCCAUCAAAGGGUGGAGGGCAGACGAACCUCUCCCAUAGCUAGGCUGAUGUACACGACAUAUAAAUCGAAGGAUGGGAUCCCCGUCAAUGCUUAAUUGGUUUAAACUGGUCACAACUGGUUCAAACUGGUAUCCUGUGAUAUGAUAAUAUACGAGAGUGUUACUCGCAUUGACUGUAUACGCUUCCACGCGUGAAACAUAUAACUAAUUAUUUUCUCUAUAAAUACUAUUGGUGAGAUAAUUAUUACUUGUUAUAUAUUAAUUUUUUUCCAAACCAAUCAAAUUUUUGAUCAGGGAAAAAGAGAAAAAAAAAUUGUUAUAUGAACGCAUUUGAACGAAAUUUCAUGUAGUUAUUUAUCUGAUGAUUGUUUUAUUUUUGUUAAAAUGAGUGUGAAAAUUUAAAGAAAAAAUAUAUCAUUAAUGUAUGUCUGUUCAUAAGAACUAAAGUAGCUACUAUAUGAUAUUUUUUGGUUUUUUUUAGGUGAAGAAUGCUGGUGAGAUAAAAUCUUUUAUUUUUACAGAGGCGGCGACAGGAUAUUUUGAUGGGGGAGGGGGGGGGGGGGUCAUGAUGACGUAAAGAUGGCGUCAUAUUUUUCUCAAUUUAAUUGUGGGGGUAUUAUAGAAAUUCACCACCCAGACCUCUUUUUUAUUCUCCUCGCUCUUCACUUUUGUACCUCCAACUUUUCCCCUUCUCCCAUCUUUUCCCGAUUAUUCAAUGCUUAAAACAAUCAUGAGGGGCUGCCGUCUCUUGCCCCUCCGCCCGUUGCGCCGCCCCUGUGUGUUGAUCGGAACGUAAUUAUAUUUUUCUAUGUACAUUCCUGUUGCAUUUAUACCAUUUUCAGUACUAACGAAAAAAAAAUUGACUUUGUGAUUUUUAUUGUAUGCCAACUGCAGUUGACAUCAUUUUAUCUUGUCAAGAUAAAAGAAACGAAAUUAAUUUUUGUUGGGGCAUAUAACCCAACGUUCAUCUCGCAACAAAAUAGGGGUAUAGAACGUGUAAUUGUGGAUAUUAACCCACCAAUCAUUUAUUUUUGUACACAUGUUUUUUAAAGAUUAAAUAUAAAGAGGAAGAAUGCCGGGAAGUAAAAUUUGUAUAAAUAAAAGCAGAAAAGAAGAUAUAUCUUGUAAAGUUUUGACGGAGAUUCAUCUUUGAAGAAUGAAUCUUUUAAAAAGGGCGGAAAGAGUAAAAAGGGUGUGAAAAGGGCCGAUGAAUGACCACAUUUUACAUUCAUGGAAAACGUAUUAUUAUUCUUCGAAAAAAAUGUGUACACUGCUUGUCGGUGUUAAAUUUUUGGGGUUUGUUUUUGUGAGGCAGAAUCUUUUAAGAGAAAAGGAAGGCCCUCAGCGUGCCCCUACGGGUCAGUCCUGUAUCCGCCGUUGGGCAUAGUAUUCAUUACGUAUCCUUUAUUUAUGCACCAUGACGAGAGCGGGCGCUGGCUGUUUCACAAAACCUUCGUUAAGUUACGAACGACUUUAAACACGAAUGUUCAUUGUUGAUUAUCAUUAAUCAUAUUUUAAUAUGUAUCAUAUAUUAUAUAACUUUACUGUCAAACUUUAUACACAGUAAAACAUAAUUAAAAAACAUGUAUGUCAUUUUUACAAUCUUGUUUACUAUAACAACUUACGAUUAUUCUUUAAGAGUUAUAAAGAUUUUAUAAAAAUAUUUAAAAAGUCCAAACAACAAUGUUUAGCAUUUAAGCGAUAAGUAUUAGAAAUUGAACAUUGAUGUCUGAAUUUUAAACAAUACCUGACCAAUUAAAUAGUAAACCAUGUUGUAAUAAAGAGUUUUUGUGUAAAAAAAAUAAAGAAAAAUGGUGGCUUGUCAUCGUUCUCUUUAAAAAACAGACGAAAAAAAAUCCUGCAGAAUCUCGAGAACAUCCGUUAUCAUACUGCAUAUUACAGUAAAUUGGUAAAUGGUAAAUUGGUACAAUUUUCCCCUCUCUCUUUUUUGCCUUUUCAAAUAGAUCUGUUCGGUUAAAUUGCAGAAAAUUCCCUGUUAAAACAAUUUGUAGAAUGACUUUGUAUUUUUUUCCUGAGAAGUCUUCUGUUUUUCAAAACAGUGUACAUUGUAGUGCUUCAUACUCCAUCAUUGGCUGAGUCGCGCCUCACUAAAUGGCUUUACCACGACUGCCCCCCCCCCCCCCCCCCGCGCGCCCGGUAAGAAAGGUAAAGCUUCACCUUGCAAGUGGACACGAUAAUGCGUAUCUUCAAUCAGAUUGAAUGGAUUUUCCUUUUCUUGGUGAAUCUUCUCCAGUUCAUUCAUGGAUUAGGCCAUUACUUCCAUCUUCACGAUCGAGGCCCAUCCUCAAGGGUAUAAAAUGGAGUAUGCGAAGAAAGAGGGAGAAGAACAGCAUCCUCAUUCUCUCGCUACAAGAACCGGUCGUUGUGAAGAGAGAUUAAGGAGUUUUCACAACGAGAAGCAGAACGCUUACAAUAACAUAGUAAAUGUAUUGUCACAUGCCAUUCAUGGCAAAGAGCAACCAAGAAGUAUUUAUCCAAAAUGGGUGAAUCAAAACAGCUGUUUCGUCCUGGACUCUGGGCAAACGACAUAUUUAUUUGCAAUUUUUCGUCAGUCCCGAAACUGCUCUUCCGGUUCAACGAUUUUCGACAAAGACCUCCCAGCUGUUCAUUCUGAUUUGACUUGCAUUUUCAAUACAUUUACUGUGCUCUGGAAUUUAUUCUGCGUAGCAGGGCGAAAAUUCCCUAUUGGUAUCACGGGAAAUACACUUUGACCAGACAAUAAUGUAGUCAGUGUUACUUAUGUCAUCAGAGAGUCCCCUAUAUUUUAAUGCCGUUAUAAAAAAAAAAAAAACGUAUUUUAUUGUAUAACGUGGUCGCAAAUAGUUUUGUAAAUUUUGAAGGUUUUACAGAAUGAGUGUAUACAUACAUCUUCCCAUCCACAACACAGCUCUUCAAAAAUUAAAAAUAAAUCAAAUUUUCCUACGUUUUGACUUUAUCUAUAGGCCUAUAGUUACGCGUUUCAUAAAAUGAUAUUGUCCCUAGUGGACGACUUAAGAAGAUAAUUUUCAUCCGCAUUGGAUUAUGUCUUGUAAAGUUAUGAUUAAUAUCCAUAAUCUACAAGGGAGUUCAUCAACAAUGAUCAUUCCAUAUUUGGUUUAAUUUCUUAUCGAAAUUAUUUCAUCUGAAAUCAACAUUCAAUUAAAAAAUCACUUGUUUUGUAAAUUAUAUUUGAUUUAUUUUCUAUAAAUUAUUGUGUAUUGUAUUACAGUGUUGUCUAUUGAUUCGAAAUAAAAUGCUUUACCUCAAUUCAUAAAAUCAUUUUGACGAUGAGUCAUUUCUAUACCUACAUAAGGAGAAAAAUAUACUUUAUCUUUGAUAGAUUGUUUUGGUUGACUGGUAAUGAUGGUCAUCUAUCACUGUAAUUGCUAACCAUGACUUACUUACAUGUGCUUCAAGCCAUGCAAUCACCCAAAAUUUAAUCCUUAUUACUAGUAAUUGUGAAAAUUAGGUUAAUUAUACCUGUUAAAUGGUCCGUUUCUUUAAUUUAAUUGAAACAAAAAAAUAAAAGGGUUUUCAGAAAAAGAAAUGAUAAAGACAUUGACGAAUAAUGAUAGGAUAGAAACAUAUACAGAUAAGAUAUAAACUUGACUAUAUGACCUUUCAAGCAACAGAUGGUACUUAAUAAAUUCGUAUUAGAAUGAACGAGAUUAAAGAAAAUGAUACACACGCGUAUCUCUACAUACAUACUUAUAGAAAAUAUUAAAGAUGUCUUUCAAAAGACUUCAUUACAUGAAAUGCAUUGUAAAUAAUUCUAUAAAAGAUAACAAAUUCAUUUUAUUUAAGGGCUGCACCGCAGAUGGGGGGAGCAGGGGUAGACCUUAACCUUUGAUAUUCUGACGUGAUCAAGAUUAAACAUGAAGAUGAAAAAACGAGCAGACCGAAAAGAAGAUUGGAGAGUGUUGAAAGUAAAGAAAAUACUUGCUGGAAAAUUUACGUUAUACCUUCAUUUUUUAUUGAGAAAGUCGCUUUUAUGUCCCACUGCCCUAUUCAGUGUAUUUAUAAGUAAAUAUGCCAGGUUAGAAAGAACACGAGCGAAAUGGGCUAGAUGGUAUGCCACUAACAAUGAAAUGAUUAUGCAAUGCCUGAUCAAUAUUUAUCCCUCUCUAUAAUGAAAAUGCUAUAUCACACAAAUGUUUGAUAGUGAUUCAUCGUUCAAAACUCUUCUUUUCAUUUUUUGCUUUCUUUUCUUAUUUUGAAUUAAUAUGCAUAAUAAACACCGACGUUAACUCACGCACCCAUGCACACACACUCACUCACAGAUAAACACCUCUACACACCUUCAUGCAAGCUGUAUGUAAAUGUGUCUAUUGGAGGUUUCGUCGAACAACACUUUGGCAAACAUACAACAAAGGAAAUUCUUUAACUUUUUCAUGUAUUUCAAUCAUCAUAUCGAUAUUACAAUAUCAGACUAAUCUCAGCCAGAUGAAUAAAUGACCUCCCAAAAUGAAAUCAGUUAAUCCCACUAAGUGCCUGCCGAAACAAAUAAUGGAUUCCUCUACAUGCUGCAGACGAUAUGGGGCAGCCUUGGGCGCCACAGCUACACCUAAAUUGAAAUGGGAUUAGCACUUGUUCCACCAAAUCGAUUUAAACCUCUCGUCUUUGAUCAUGAGGGAAAAUAAUUUAAGGCCAAAAGGGAACGUAAUUGGUGGAAAAUGAUCCGUGAUGCGCUAUCAAAGUACCACUUUAGAAUGAUGUAUCGUGUGUACCAAGGCCUUCAAUAUUUACAUGUUUUGGUACAUUUUUAGAACAUAACCUUUUUACUAGGUGGUUAACCCCUUUGAAGCGGUGAUGGAGAAAGAUAAUGAUGAGAUGAAAAUAGGUGCUCCAUUAGGAUAUUUUGAUAAGAAAAGUUAUUUGGUGCCGGGAAAGGAAAAAAACACUAAAUAACUAAACAUUAAUCAUAAUAUAUAUUUUCAUAUUUUUUGUUAAUCUAUCUUAUUUUCUCUCAUUAUCUUUUUAAGUAGUAUUUCAUGAUAUCCCACAUUAAUGUUUUGUAUAAAAAAAGGUGGAAAAUCAAUCAUAAAUAAAGUAUUUAUUGUAUUCAUAUUAACAUCAUGUUUAUUGCGUUAACCGUUUAUGGAAUUCACAUCACAGACGGGAUCAGAGAGUAUGGCCUGAAUAAUUUCUUUAAUACUAUAGAUUAGCCAAAUUUAUUCUCCAAAGAACAUUUUUGUCACUUGAAUUGUAAGAGAUGAAGCUCGCAUUUGCGCUUACAGGAUGAACUUUAUUAUUAUUUUUUUUAAUUAUCUUUAUAUUGCAAUAUUGUAUCAAUUGAUCAUCACGAUUACGGUUUACAUACGGAAUGCAGAUAUGUUUUUUUUACCAGAUAUAUUUUCAUGUGACAUCGGCCGCCAAUCUACACAUUCUAAUAAUGCUUACCAAGAGAAUCAUUGAAAUCUUUUGUUGAACUCAUUAAAAGUGAC